CCCUGGCGUAAGAACUCGCAUUUACUUCCUUGAAGAUUAGAGACUGAUUGGUCUGCAGGCUACCGACAUUGAUGUGCCCAACCCCAAGGACAUCAUCACCAACACCAUGGGCAGCUUCCAGGAGGUCCGAACAACCUCCUGGCCAUGAAAUACGAGAUCCUGUUGGUUGCAUGGGACGGCCCCGUCGACGACGUGCUGCAGGUCAUGUUAGUGCCCGUCUUCAUGGUGACAGAGGCCGUCGAGGGCAUGAAGCAGGCUAAAGAGAUGGGCGAGGACGAAGAGAAAUGGGAGGAGAAAAGGCCCGUGACAAGGCCAAGCAGCUAAUUCUCACCACCAUCGGUGCCAUCCUCUUCGUCGUGCCCUUCGUCGGCGAAGUCGGCGCCGUGCUUGCCGACGCCAGCACUCUCGCUCGGUUUGCCCCCAUCGCCGGCGUGGCGGCCAACCUGGCCUUUGGCAUCUACGGAAUGGUCGACGACCCCAAUUCGGCCAUCAAGGGCCUCCUGGGCAUGAUGUUUGGCCUCGGUAGCUUUUCCAAGGUGGCUAGGUCCCCCAAGGGCUUCAAGGACAUGGCUGCCGUGCGGGCGGGCUUGAGAACGAACGGCGGUGUCAGCAAGUUUGGUGGCAAUUUCCAGAAGUGGGACGAUGCGCUCCAAGAUGCCAUCAAGUUGUGUCGAGCUUGAUGGCUAUAGCUCUCUCCAUUAAUGUUUGUCAACAUAGGGUCAUACCAUACUAGUACCCCCUAUUCUACAUGCAAGUUUUAUUUUCCUGUUUGUAGAUGAGCUAUACUGGCCUACUGAUAAAG